AUGUGUACAAGCUAGGUGUUUAAUUACUUAAUGUUAUGCAAUAUUUACUAGGUUCAUAGUUUAAUGAGUUUGUGGUAAAUGUGUUGUUUUGUUCAAUUUUCUUUGUUGUGCGCAGGGCCCCUUGCUCUGGCCCUGCCCCCCUUUGUUUUUGUAUUUGCCAUCACCCACUAUCUUCCUCAGUUGUUGUUGUUAUUUGUCUAAACUCACUAAGAAUUGUUGCAAAGGGUCAAGUCAACUUGUACUCUAGGAUAGGUAGGAGCCUGUCUCCCAACAAUAGCUAACUCUCAAACUAAACUAGCCUGUCUAGUUCUUAGUCUAGAUACAAGAAAGAGCUCAACAUUAAAUGGUCCUUCGAACCGGAUAUACGACUCCGAGCUCAUUGGCAUCCACGGCUCUCUCUUGUAGCCCUCUCUCACUCAUACAGUCCACACUCGAUCGUACGUCUGCACAAGAGUGCACGAACUCUGUACAAAGGUGCACGACCCAUCGUAUCGCACGACCUGCACAACGGUGCACAACUCGACGGCUGCACAAGAGUGCAUGUAAGUCUGCACAAAGGUGCAAAAAUUGUUGCCCUGCACAAAGGUGCAAAAUUGUUGCCCUGCACAAAGGUGCACGAACGAAACCAAACAUUUAGUAUACUUCAUUCUUAUCUCUUAUGAUGUCUGAGCUCACUACUCUCAAAAGAAGGAGAGGCUCAGUAAAGGCCAGCAUCACAAGGUUGACUUCCAAGCUAACAGAGCUCGAAGGCAUGGACUUUGAUCAAUCUGUCUCAAGCCAAGCGCAACAGUUACUUAAGAGAUUGGAAUCACUUGAUACUAGCUUCAAGACGCAUAACAUGGCAAUUCUUGACGCUAUAGAAGAAAGCCAAGUCGAAGCUGAACAAGAGACACUUGAUAAACAUGACGACGAUGUCAUGAAUAUCUCACUCAGACUACAAGCCCUAACUACUCUUAACACUGACACUGACACUGUCGAGGCUAGACCUCUCCCUGAUCGUACUCUCAUUGGUCGCCGUCUGGCACAGUUGCAAGCGAGACUCUUGUCAGUCACAGAAGAAGCAAAUACACUCUCUGGAGAUCCUGCAGAAGUUCACUUAGCCCACACCUACCAAGAAAUACUUGCAGACCUCAAGGCAGAACUCGCAGACAUCAGGAAGGAAGCAGUAGUCAUUGCCGCCGAUUCAUCUGAUGAUCUCAGCACGGCUGUUUGUAAUCAAGACAAGGACAUUUUCAAUCUAUCAGUAAAGAUCAAAAAAAUCCUUUACAAUCCUGGAUACACUUUGGAAUCGCUCACCACCACGACACCUGAACCGCAUGGAGUUAGACUCCCAAGAAUUGACAUUGCUUCGUUCGACGGCGACCUGCUCAAUUGGCAAACUUUCUGGGAGCAGUUUAACAUUUCUGUCCACAGUCGCAAGAAUGUUGCUAAUGCGGAAAAGUUGGCUUAUCUCCGACACUCUCUGAAGGACGGCCAAGCCAAAUCAGUGAUUGAAGGACUCUCUCAAUCUGGUGAUCAAUACGCGGAGGCUAUUGAAUCUCUCAAGGCACGAUACGACAGGCCACGCUUAAUUCACCAAGCUCAUGCUCGGAAAAUCUACGAAGCUCCAAACCUAAAGGAUGGCAGUGGCAAAGAGAUCAGACGCCUGCAUGACUCUGUACAACAGCACUUGCGUGCUCUCAAGGCAAUGGGUGAAGAACCUUCUGGAGCAUUUAUAACUUCUAUACUGGAACUGAAACUGGACCAAGCCACGAUGUUUGAAUGGCAAAGGGCCAGUCAGGACUCUACCAGUGUUCCACACUAUCAAAAACUACUUGAGUUUCUCGAUCUUAGAGCACAAGCCUCAGAGACGUGUUCGCUUACUCAAGAAAGGCGUAGCGGACGAUUUGAGCACAAGAAACCCUACACCAAUCCUCACAAGAUUUCAGCUCACACUGGAAACGUUUUUGAAUCAGCCGGAAACUGCGUCACUUGUAAAGUCGAGAAGCACCCACUGUAUGCCUGCCCGAAGUUCAAGAGCUUACCCCACGACAAGAUGUUGUCAACUGUUCGCUCUAACAAUCUAUGCCUAAACUGUUUUAGGCCCGGACACAUGGCCAGGAAUUGCCCAAGUCUCCAUCGUUGUAAACAAUGCCAAAAACCCCAUCAUACCUUAUUACACAUUGAAACCAAGGUAUCUGGUCAAACUCCUUCUGAAACUCCAGAAACUCCAGAAAACGAACACUCAUGCACUGCCAGCAUCGUUUCAACCAAUGCGCAGACAGGUACAAGUUCAAGGACUCUCAUGAUGACCUGUCAAGUAUUAAUUCAUGCCCCCGAUGGCUCUCAAAUCAAGGCUCGUGGUCUACUCGAUUCAGGUUCAACAACCUCGUUUGUAUCUCAACGAUUGGUACAGUCACUUGGGCUACCAAAGUCGUCGAAGAAUCUUCAAAUCACUGGAAUAGCUGGAAUCUCUCACAACUCACCGUUGCAUUCAAUUUCCACAUUCCACGUCUCGCCAACGUUUUCACCCGAUGAAAGAAUACCAGUCACUGCAGUUGUUGUCCCGAGGGUCACUUGUGAUAUGCCUGCACAGCCUGUGGGUUUCAAUUCAAAAUGGAAUCAUUUAUCUGGCCUAGAGCUCUCUGACUCGGAAUUUGGAUGUCCUGGAAGGAUUGACAUUUUGUUUGGCGUCGAUGUCUGUGCAUAUUCACUAUUGCAAGGCCGGCGGCAGGGACCAGCUGACUCGCCAGUAGCAUUCGAGACCAUCUUCGGCUGGGUGCUUGCUGGCAAAACGGACAAGCUACAAGUCCUCCACAGUCAAGUAUCAACCCAUCACGUCACUGUCACUUCUGGAGAUGACAUUUUGAGACAAUUCUGGGAAAUCGAAGAGAGCCCCAAGGCUGCAUCCAAUCUAUCCCCUCAGGAGCGUACAGUCAUACGUCAUUUUGAUGAGACUCACACUUUAAAUAAAGAUGGUAGAUUUGUUGUGCCUCUCCCCAAGAACCUUGACUCCAAACCCCUUGGAGAAUCCAGAAUGCAAGCUGUGCGAAGAUUCCUCUCUCUUGAACGAUCCCUCCGUGCCAAGAACCAAUUCAAAGAUUUUGCCACAGUCAUGGAGGAAUACAUGAAAUUAGGACACGCUGAAGUGGUACCAGACACAGACAGUCGAAAAUCAAGCAAUUGUGUGUUCUAUCUACCAAUGCAUGCUGUGCACAAAGAACAUAGCACCACUACAAAGAUUAGGGCCGUUUUUGAUGCAUCCGCCAAAUCUAGUACUGGAGUCUCCCUAAAUGAUACAUUGUUAGUUGGACCAACUGUACAUCCACCGUUGAUUGAUGUAUUACUACAAUUUCGCUUCCAUAGAAUUGCUCUCACGGCCGAUGUGAGCAAAAUGUACAGAGCGGUCGAGCUAACACAAUCUGAUCGUGACCUCCACCGAUUUGUAUGGCGAAGCACACCCACCGACAAUUUGACAGACUACAGAAUGACAAGAGUCACGUUUGGUGUGUCUGCUUCAUCCUUUGCUGCCAACAUGUCCGUUAAGCAGAACGCUCUCAACCAUGCUACAGAAUACCCCCAGGCCGCAAGAAUUGUUGAGACGUCUUUCUAUGUAGACGACUGUCUCUCGGGAGCUGACUCUGCUGAGGAAGCAAUUAUUCUUCAGCGGCAACUACACAAUCUGUUUACCAAGGGAGGAUUUCUUCUCAGAAAGUGGGACUCGAAUGAUGCAACGGUAUUGGACAGUAUAUCUUCUGAGCUCAGGGAUAGUCAAUCAUCACACUUGCUUCCCACUGACGACGAGUACAAGAAGACCCUUGGUAUCGAGUGGAAUGCAAGUAAAGAUCACUUUCGACUAACUGUGGCCGAUCAACCUCCAAUUGAGACUCUAACCAAACGGGGUCUAGCCUCUGAUGUUGCUAAGACAUAUGACGUGCUCGGGUGGUUUUCUCCUGCUACCAUCAAGAUGAAGAUCUUACUCCAGAAGUUGUGGGAAGAAGGACUCGAAUGGGAUGAUCCAGUUCCUUCAAGUAUCAAGGAUGUAUGGUGCAAGUGGAGAUCUGAACUACCUGAACUUUCCCACAAGUAUAUCCCUCGCUGCUACUUUGACGUAGCCUCUCACAUCUCAUCGAUCCAACUUCACGGGUUCUCCGAUGCCUCAGAAUCCGCAUAUUCUGCUGUUGUGUACCUGCGUCUAACGAACACAUCAAAUUCCAAUCAAAUCUCACUAGUCAUGUCUAAAACCAAAGUGGCACCAAUCAAGCGUCUGUCGAUUCCACGGCUUGAAUUGUGUGGUGCACACUUACUCUCUCAAUUGCUGAGUCAUGUGAAGAAGGUAUUUGACAUUCCCCUUUCCAGCAUACAUGCCUGGACAGAUAGCACGGUGGUACUAAAUUGGCUGGAUGGAAGCCCAAAGCGUUUCAAAACAUACGUGGGAAACCGAAUCUCUGCAAUUCUUGACCUGAUUCCGCCAGACAAGUGGAGACAUGUGAGUGGACUAGAGAAUCCAGCCGACUGUGCCUCUAGAGGUCUCUAUCCCACUGAGUUACUAGACUACGAGCUCUGGUGGAAUGGUCCUGACUGGUUGAAGAAAUCUUCCACCGAAUGGCCUAAGAAAAAUAUGAUCAAGCCCAAUACCCCAGCUGACGAAGAAAAGGAGAUUUCAUUGCUGGUAGUGGCAGAGUCUGACCACUUGCCAGUAAUCCCUUUGGAACGAUUCUCGAAUUUUAACCACUUCAAACGUGUCACUUGCUGGAUCAAUCGUCUUGUGUACAAUUCCAAAAGGAAAAGGAAAGACAGGAUCCUGUCUAGCUGUUUGACCACCCUUGAACUCCAGCAAGCGGAGAAUUACUGGUACAAAUUCGUUCAAUUGAUUCACUUCAAAUCCGAGAUUGAAAACCUGAGCAGCAACCAUCCACUGCCCAACUCAAGCUCACUCAUCUCUCGAAACCCAUUCCUUGAUGAUAACAAGUUGCUUCGAGUCGGAGGCAGACAGCAACUAUCUCAAUCGUCUUAUGAAUCCAAGCACCCUCUGAUUCUGCAUGGAAGUCACAAGCUGACACGUGUGAUCAUAUUCACAGAGCAUAUUCGAUUGUUGCACGCUGGUCCAACACUGCUUGCCAGCUCUCUGAACAGACGGUAUCAUAUAAUUGGUGGAUACAAGGUCAUUCGCUCUGUCACAAGGAAAUGUGUCACUUGUCGAAAUUAUUCAGCCAAGCCCCUACCACAGAUGUUGGGACAGCUGCCACCGGAAAGAAUCACUCCUGGAUCUGUUUUCGACAAAGUAGGCAUCGACUAUGCCGGUCCAGUGCUGAUCAAGUAUGGUUAUGUCCGGAAACCAACUAUCGUAAAGGCAUACAUUUGUGUUUUUGUAUCGCUAUCGGUAAAGGCAGUUCACUUGGAGUUGGUGACCGAUCUGACAACGGACGCGUUCAUCGCUUGCCUAAGAAGGUUCAUCGCUAGACGUGGUCUACCUACACUCAUUUGGAGCGACAAUGGCACCAACUUUGUUGGCGCAUCUAGGCAGCUAUCAGAUGUCUACAAAUUCCUUGAAACGCAAGCGAAUCACCAAACCAUCAGUGGUCAUCUUGCUAGUCAAAAUAUAGAAUGGCGGUUCAUACCGCAACGUGCUCCACACUUUGGAGGUUUAUGGGAAGCUGCAGUAAAGAGUGUCAAGACCCACCUGCGCAAGAUCUUAGGCGAAGUCAAGAUGACGUAUGAGGAAAUGUCCACAGUCCUGUACCAGAUUGAAUCUACCCUCAAUAGUCGACCGCUGACACCCCUGCACAACGAUGAUGAUGGCAUUGAGGCUCUCACCCCGGGACACUUCCUCAUCAAUAGACCACUCAAGGCACUACCUGAUGUCUCAUCUAUAGCUCCUCGUCCACUCUCACUCUUGAAGCGAUGGCAAUGUUGUCAAUCAUUGGUACAGCAUUUUUGGAAGAGAUUCUCGACAGAAUACCUUUCUCAUAUAGGAAAGUUCUACAAAUGGCAACACCCAACAAGAAACAUUCGCAUUGGUGACCUUGUGGUCAUUAAAGAAGAUGCUCCCAUACGCAAUCGAUGGCCAUUGGCUAAAGUAUUGAACGUUCAUCCAGGCAAGGAUGGUUUAGUGCGAGUGGCUCAGAUCAAGACGGCCGAUGGAACCUACACUCGUCCCAUUACCAAGCUCGCGGUAAUACUACCGAUUGACGAACAAUAAGUAACUGUUGAACAAUGGCAAUGUACCUAAGACCAUCCGGUCUUGGCCGGCGGUAUGUUGAUGUGUACAAGCUAGGUGUUUAAUUACUUAAUGUUAUGCAAUAUUUACUAGGUUCAUAGUUUAAUGAGUUUGUGGUAAAUGUGUUGUUUUGUUCAAUUUUCUUUGUUGUGCGCAGGGCCCCUUGCUCUGGCCCUGCCCCCCUUUGUUUUUGUAUUUGCCAUCACCCACUAUCUUCCUCAGUUGUUGUUGUUAUUUGUCUAAACUCACUAAGAAUUGUUGCAAAGGGUCAAGUCAACUUGUACUCUAGGAUAGGUAGGAGCCUGUCUCCCAACAAUAGCUAACUCUCAAACUAAACUAGCCUGUCUAGUUCUUAGU